GCUUUCCGUAGUUUCCGGAAGUGUGCUGCUGCAGUGUGUUGUUGUUUCCCUGCGCCGCUGCUUCUCCUCAACAUAUUCACUGUUUACCGUGGACUAAAAUAACCUCUCAAAAUGUCUGGAGGAACCACUCUGGAGAACGCUAACCCGGUGAUCUUCCAGCGGUCCGGAGAGAGGCUUCUGGCGGACACAGACGCGGAUGAAGACGUCCAUGAUCCCAUCGACGAUAGAGAGAUCUUCGAUCUGAUCCGAUCCAUCAACGACCCGGAGCAUCCUCUGUCUCUGGAGGAACUCAAUGUGUUGGAGCAAGUCCGAGUAAAGGUUAAUGAUGCAGAGAGCAGUGUGGACGUCCAGUUCACUCCCACAAUCCCCCACUGCAGCAUGGCAACGCUCAUCGGUCUGUCAAUCAAAGUGAAGCUGCUACGCUCCUUGCCCGAACGGUUCAAAAUUGAUGUCAGCAUUACACCCGGGACGCACGCCUCAGAGGAAGCAGUGAACAAGCAGCUGGCGGACAAAGAGAGAGUGGCAGCAGCGUUGGAGAACUCCUCUCUGCUGGAGGUGGUCAACCAGUGCCUCACCAACAAGAGCACCUGAGCAGCCAAUCAGCUCUGUCCUCUCGCGCUUUCACCGACUCAUCAGCCAAUCGGGUUUGACGACACGGAGGCAGCAAAUCAAAGUCCAGAUCCUACAGAGUUCAUUCAUUAAUCGCCCAACAGGAAACUCUUUUUUUGAGUGUGUACACCUGAAGGGAGAGCACACUGUUUAUCAUCAUGCAGGAUAUUUUGGACACGGUUUAUACUUUUAUUUGUGGAUUUUGUGGUGUUUUAUAUUAUUAAAUAUGUAUUCUAAAAUGUGCAAUGAAUCUGUCUUAUAACAGUAUUUGGACCCAAGAUCUGCCGCCACAAUCCUCGCCUGUAUAUAAUAUCCAUGCUUUUGGAAUUUUAUGAUAAUUGUACAGAUCAGAAAUUAAAAUGAAAUAAUGAAGA